GGUGGCCGGGCCCCCCCCACGGGCGCCAUGACCUGGCCGGACGCCGAGGGCCCCAGGGACCACCCAGAGACUGCGGCCCCUCGGGGCUUUGAGGGACACCAGGGCUUGGAGGGACACCAGGACCCCAUGGACCACCAGGACUUCAUGGGCCACCAAGGCUCCCAGGACCAUCUAGGGACUAAGGCCCACCAAGGCCUUGAGGACCACCGGGGCUCCGUGGCCAACCAGGAGCCCAUGGGCCACCAGGACUUCAUGGGCCACCAGGACUUCAUGGGCCACCAAGGCUCCUGGGACCAUCUAGGGACUAAGGCCAACCAAGGCUUUGAGGGCCACCAAGGCUUUGAGGACCACCAGGAGCCCAUGGACCACCAGGACUUCAUGGGCCACCAAGGCUCCCAGGACCACCAAGGCUUGGAGGACCACAAAGGCUUUGAGGACCACCAGGACCCCGUGGCCAACCAGGACUUCAUGGGCCACCAGGACUUCAUGGGCCACCAGGACUUCAUGGGCCACCAAGGCUUCCAGGACCAUCUAGGGACUAAGGCCCACCAGGGCCCCUCGGCCAACCAGGGCUUUGAGGACCACCAGGACUUCAUGGGCCACCAGGAUCCCAUGGGCCACCAGGACUUCAUGGGCCACCAAAGCUCCCAGGACCACCAAGGCUCCCAGGACCAUCUAGGGACUAAGGCCCACCAGGGCUCCAUGGCCAACCAGGGCUUCAUGGACCACCAGGGCUUCACGUACCACGAAGGCUGCCAGGACCAUCUAGGGACUAAUGCCCACCAAGGCUUCGUGGCCCACCAGGGCUUCGUGGCUCCUCAGGGCGCUGGGGACCACCCAGGGACUAAGGGCCAUCAGGACUCCGUGGCCCACCAGGGCUCCCAGGACCACCCAGAGCCCAGCAUCACUCGUGGCCCCGUGGCCUGGGUAGACUUGAAGGUCCACCAAGGCUUCGUGGCCAACCAAGGCCCCAAGGACUACCUGGAGACCAAGGUCAAGCAGGGCCCUACAGCCUGUCUAGAGCUGAAGGUCCACCAAGGCUCUGGGGCCACCCAAGCCUCCAAGGCCCAUCUGGGGAUCAAGGGCCACCCCAUGGCCCACGUAGACCUGAAGCUCUGUGAAAGCUCAACGGCCAACCAAGGCCCCAUGGCCCAUCUCAAGACCGAGGUCAACCAAGGCCCCGUGGCCCCUCUAGACCCGAAGGUCCACCAAGACUCCAUGGCCAACCGAGGCCCCGUGGCCCCUCUAGACCUGAAGGUCCACCAAGACUCCAUGGCCAACCGAGGCCCCGUGGCCCCUCUAGACCCGAAGGUCCACCAAGACUCCAUGGCCAACCGAGGCCCCGUGGCCCCUCUAGACCUGAAGGUCCACCAAGACUCCAUGGCCAACCGAGGCCCCGUGGCCCCUCUAGACCCGAAGGUCCACCAAGGCCCGGUGUCCAACCGAGACUCCACAGCCCAUCAUCUAGAGACCAAGUCCCACCGAGACUUCGCGGCCAACUGGGCCACCCCGUCCCUUCUGUGUCCCCGUGUCCCCUCGGGCGCCCACCUGGGCUUGGUGCUGUUGACCUUGGGGUCCCUCCUGCUGCCGGGGACCUCGGGGGUGGCCCUGGAGUUCGGGGGCGCCCCGGGCCAAUGGGCGCGUUACGGCCGUUGGGCGCCGGGGGCCGGUGGCCAACUGAGCUUCAGCUUGAAGACCAACAUCUCCCGGGCUUUGCUGCUCUACCUGGACGACGGCGGCAACUGUGACUUCCUGGAGCUGCUGGUGGCCGAGGGGCGUCUCCGCCUCCGCUUCGCCAUCGCCUGCGCCGACCCCGCCACCGUCCAACCGCCCCCCGCCGUCAACGACGGCCGCUGGCACAUGGUCCUCCUCACCCGCAACGCCCGCGAGACCGCCCUGGCCGUGGACGGGGAGACGCGGGCGGCCACCGUCCGCUCCAAGCGGGCCGAGAUGGCGGUGGCCAGCGACCUCUUCGUCGGGGGCAUCCCCCCGGACGUCCGCCUCUCCGCCCUCACCCUCAGCACCGUCAAGUACGAGGCGCCCUUCCAAGGGUGGUUGGCCAACCUCAAGGUGGGGGAGGCCCCGGCCGCUCUCCUGGGGUCCCAGGGGGUGCGGGGCGAGGGGGAGGAGCGUUGCGCCCGUCACCCCCCCUGCGCCCACGGGGGGCGCUGCACCCUGCGCCGGGGGGAGCCCCGCUGCGACUGCGCCGGCACCGGCUACCGCGGGCCCUUCUGCGCCGAAGCCCCUGUGGCCAGGUCCUGGUGCAAGGUCCCCGUGCAACGUCCCCGUAGCCAGACCCCGUGGCCAGGUCCCAGUGCAAGGUCCCCGUGCGACGUCCCCGUGAGCGUGUCCCCGUGCGAGGUCCCCGUGAGCGUGUCCCCGUGCGAGGUCCCCGGUGCUGACGCCGGGGUCCCCGCAGGCCGGGAGGAGUACGUGGCCACCUUCAAGGGCAACGAGUUCUUCUGCUACGACCUGUCGCACAACCCCAUCCAGAGCAGCACGGACGAGCUCACGCUCGCCUUUCGCACGCUGCAGCGCAACGGGCUGCUCCUGCACACGGGGAAAUCCGCCGACUACCUCAACCUCUCGCUCAAGAGCGGCGCCGUUUGGCUCGUCAUCAACCUGGGCUCCGGCGCCUUCGAGGCCCUGGUGGAGCCCGUCAACGGCAAGUUCAACGACAACGACUGGCACGACAUCCGCGUCACCCGCAACCUGCGCCAGCUGGUGUCGGUGAACAGCCGCAGCACCCCUUUCCUGGCCAGCGGGGAGAACGAGGUGCUGGACCUGGAGGCGGAGCUGUAUUUGGGGGGGCUGCCCGAGGCCCGGGGGGGCCCCCCGCUGCCCCCCGAGCUCUGGACGGCGUUCCUGCGCUACGGCUUCGUGGGCUGCCUGCGCGACCUCUUCGUGGACGGCCGCAGCUGGGACGUGCGGCGCCUGGCCGAGACGCGGGGGGCCCCGGGGGUCACCCCCUUCUGCGCCCGCGAGCCCCCCCGACACUGCGCCAGCGGCCCCUGCCACAACGGGGGGCUCUGCCGCGAGGGCUGGAACCGCUUCAUCUGCGACUGCCUGGGCACCGGCUUCCUGGGACCCCGCUGCGAGACCGGUGGGUGGCGGGGGACCCCCCGAAUCCCUGGGUGCACCCCCAGACGGCAGAUGUCGGGCGCCCACACCCGCCUGGAGUUCCACAACAUCGAGACGGGCAUCGUGACGGAGCGGCGGUUCCUGGCCGUGGUGCCCUCCAACUUCCUGGGCCACCUCAGCGGCCUCCUCUUCAACGGGCUGCCCUACCUGGACCUCUGCAAGAACGGGGACAUCAGCUCCUGCGAGCUCAACGCCCGCUUCGGCCGACGGGCCAUCGUGGCCGACCCGGUGGCCUUCCGGGGCCGCGGGUCCUACGUGGCGCUGGCCACCCUCCAGGCCUACUCCUCCAUGCACCUCUUCUUCCAGUUCAAGACCACGGCCCCCGACGGCCUCAUCCUCUUCAACAGCGGCAACGGCAACGACUUCCUGGUGGUGGAGCUCGUCAAGGGGUGA